GUUCACAGGCCAGCUAACGCCCAGUGAUCCCCUCCAGACUCUCUUCCAGCUGCUGUCUGGGAGAAUUCCUGCUGCAGCCACGUGCUGUGGAAAUGAAAAAUGGGGAGACUGGAGGCCCCAUCUGGCUGUUAUGCUCUCCAAUGAGACAGGAGAUCCAGCCAUCCAACAGAAGGCCAUCGUCACCAUGGGAGAUACACUCGCCUCCAGAGGCCUCAUACAUGCUGCCCAUGUGUGCUACUUGACAGCCAGUGUUCCCUUCGGGGUGUUUACACAGAAGGCUGAGAGACUGGCACUUCUAGGCAGCAGCCACAGGAAAUUGUUUGAGUGCUUUGCCACAAACACUGCCAUCCAGUGCACUGAACUAUAUGAGUAUUGCCAGACUCUUGGGAACAAAAGCUUUUCAAUACCCUCCUUUCAGGUGUAUAAGUUCCUGUACGCCAAUCGUCUGUUGGACUGUGGGCUUUCAUCUCAGGCCUUUCAUUACUGUGAGGUGGUCGGACAGGCGAUCCUCAGGCAUCAGGAGCCUUUCUUUGUGCUGACUGGUGAGGUCGUCAAGCUGUCAGACAGACUGAGAUACUCAGAGGGUCAGUUCAGUGAAGCAGGGCUCCAUAGAGACGGGCAAGAACCUGAUUGGCUGAAGCACCUACGUGCUAGGCACCACAGUUUACAGACUGGAACUGUCGACUCUACUGAAGCAUACCAGCCAGCUCCUGGGAAUACUGUUGUGUCACAUGAAAUGCCCUCAGAAUCAGAUUUAGAUGAUUUGAGCCACAGCAUUCAGAGUCCUGAGCCUGAACUCCUUUAUUAUAGAGGACAUGAGGACCAAGAAAGCAUAUUGCAUGAAGAUGGAGGAGACACUGAGGAAAUGGCAGUGAGGUCAUGGGGCAUGGGAGCAGCUCAGGACUGGCCACAGGCCCACUGCCCGGCUACACCAGUAACAGUGGCCUAUACUCCCUCAGUGCCCACAGUGGCUCCAAGCCAGAACUUCAGUUAUCAUAACACAGAUAGUGGUGAAGUCAAAAGUGCCUCACAACAUUGUCCUCCAAAUAAUCUGCCAGCAAUAGCAGAGGGGGCCGGAGCAUCCUCUGGAGCAGGGAUGAUGCACGGUCAGAUGAUUGAGACGAACUUCGGUCAGCCGGGACAAGUCGAGCAGAUUGUCCCUCAAGGAUUGAAAGCUUCUGAGGACACCACUGAGCCUCCUAAACAGAACACAAAGAAAGGAUGGUUCAGUGGCUGGUUCAAGUCAAAACCUAAGGUGGUCCAAAAAGAGGCUUCAGAGCAGGGAGGCCCAGCUCACACAGACUUUUCGCCAUCUGCUGACGUCUGUCCUCCUCCACCGCCUGCCAGUGUCCCUCCUGGCACGUUUCCACCACAGUCUUCCACUGCUGGGAUUAAUCCAUUCUCACGGAAAGCAGGCCAGCAGCUGGGUUAGAAACCGUGAGACUCACCUCUGUCACAGGAUCAUGCGUCUUGCACCAAAAGUGAGGAUAUCACAAUGUCACACCACAUGUCGUGUACUGUAAGAUGCAUACCGCUCACUAGUUCUUUUUUAGUAAUGCCCUUUAAAAUCCUAGAGCUUGCAAACCAUGAUGUUCCUUGUUAGUUACAGGAAUACUCUGCAUCGACUUGGAUAUCAACUCAUAUUGCAGUGACAAAAACAGCUGAGGUGUGUUCUAAAAGCUGACUUAGGGGAAAUUACCAGCAGACGCAGUACAUAUCUUGGGAAAGGGAUAGCUUAACUCAGAGCAAUCACGCCAGCAACACUGGGGCUGAAGUUCUACAGUGGCAAAAAAUGUUGGUGUAACUGUGAUCACUAUGCCACGAUCAUCUGUGCUAUAUGCUGCAAUUAAAUAUCCAGCUAAAUAUAAGCGUGGAAAAUAUUUAAAGAUAUACACACAUAUACCACUGCAGUUAUAUUAUCUAUGCUCCAAGCACUGUUUUAAAACAGAAAUAAGACGCACACUAAUAAAUGCUGUGGUCUCAGAAGCUUUUUAAGCAUAAUUUGUAGCCCAGCUUUGCAGAGCUGUACCACAUCAUGGGCAGUACUUGAUUAUUUUCUGUCAUCUGAAAAGUGCAACAGUUGUAUUUUAAAUUGCACACGGGACAGAAAAUAAAUGCUGAAAAUAAAAUUGGAAUAGUGUCUUCUCAUGUUGUCAUACUGCCAAGAUUGAUGAUACCACAUGGCGAGAGAGGGGAGGAUAGCUCAGGGAAGACCUCUACCAGCCAAAUACCCAGUACCCUCUUACAGCCUCUACACCCACCAGAGAGCAGACGCUUCCAGGACCAAACUGUUUAUGUGCUGAUGACUUAUUUGUAAUGAAAUGGAGCUCAGCAUAUAAAAGCUUGA